ACUCUCAAAAAUCAUGUGUUAAAACAGUAACACAUGUUGUGUGUUAUCACACUUCUAACACAGUUUGUGUCAUUUAUGUUGAAUUUGUGUAAAAUUCUUGGGUAUGUUUAGCCAACACAAUCAUGUGUUAAAUUACUGUCCAAACACAUCUCUUCCCGACACGACCGUUAGUUCGUUGCCUCUCUAAUUUCUAUGCUGCAGUACUGGCUGUCCACUGCUUCGCUGCUCUACUUGCCUUGAAAGGUUAUAAAGAAGUCACAUUUUUCAAAUGGAAGGUGGAUGUGUGCAUGAGCUGUAAAUGGAGCCCCCAAAAUUGCUUGUCAACAUAUUCCAUUGACACAGACAGCGAUGAACACAUGGACAAGUUUCAAGUUUUUUUUAAGUUCUGUGGCUCAUCAGUAUUGGCCGAACAAUCGGAUGUAUCUGUGGCUGCAACGGCAACUCAACUUACGCAGGGUCCAAUUGACGUUGAAAAGCUUAAAGCUCUCCUUGAGAGGAAAGGUGCAAGAGUUCUGGCCGAUUAUGAAGCUUCUGGAAUGCUCUCAGAGACGUCAAGAAAGCUCCUUGUUAAAAUUGGUGUCAGUGAUUUGAUUGAGAGAAAUGGAUUUUAUCCAGCAACUGAUGACAAAACCAGGUUGGCGAGGUGUGUGGUUACGCUUUUCCCGUCACUGAGAGUCAGGAUGGAAGAUGAGAAUGAAGGCUUUAUUGGAACCAGUAUGUCCAGCCUUCUGGACAACCAAAAUCCUCCUGCACGCCAGCCCAACCUUGUGUGUAUUGGUCAACCCAACACCACUGCUCAAUACAUCAUCAUUGCUGAAAACGACAAAGUUGCCAUCCCACUGCAGGAUAAUGGUUUGACCUACGCCAUCGACAAGCUUUUUAAAAUGUUUUCGAUUUGCAAUACGGUAUAUCCUGCCCAACUCACAUCUGUGUUUCACUUCUUUGAGAGUGUUUACGAAGUGCCCCUCUCUAGUGGGAAGAGAGCUAAAGUUGUGGAGCUCAUUUCAAAGCUCCAGGCUAUGCAGUAACAAAUACAUAUGUGUACAUUUGUCCCAAGUGUAGAAUUAUUUUUUAAAAAAAUGACCUGUCUAUUUUGUUUUUGAGGUCAUUCAUAUUUUCCUAGAACAUUUCAAUUUUUUUUUUUCUCUCAGUAACAUGC